AUGUGGGAGAUCGUGGAGAACGGUUUUCAAGAGGUAGAAGCUAGAGCCGAUCAAGCACAAAGAGAUGCGUUAAAGGAGACAAGAAAGAAGGACAAGAAUGCCCUUUAUAUCUUGUAUCAAUUAGUGGACGAAGAUACGUUUGAGACCAUCGCCAAUGCGGAGAUGUCAAAGGCGACAUGGGACAAGCUCCAAUCGACUCAUAGAGGAGCCGAUCGUGUGAAAAAGGUACGGUUGAAAACCUUACGUGGUGAGUUUAAAUCUUUACAAAUGAAGGAGACGGAGGUGAUAGCGAAAUAUCACACAAAAGUAAUGGCUUUCAUCAACCAAUUGAGACGGAAUGGUGAAGAAAUCACCGAUGUUCGUGUCAUGGAGAAGGUUCUACAAAGCCUAAAUACAAAGUUCGAGAUUAUCGCCACGACGAUCGAGGAGACACAAGAUCUUGAGAACAUGACAAUUGAACAAUUUAUAGGCUCAUUACAAGCCUAUGAGGAGAAAAAGAAAAGGAGGAUGAAGCAAACAGAGAUCGUUGAACAACUUCUCCAACUCAAAAUCAAGGAGGAGAAUAUUCGUGGACGUGGAAGAGGUCGUGGUGGUCGAGGCCAUGGUGGAAAAGGUGAAGCCAACACCGAUGUUUCUCAAAACUCGUCUGAAUCCUCAAGAGGAAGAGGAGGUCGAGGUCGUGGAAGACGUGGUAGAAGGUCUGGGAGAGAUAAAUCUCAGGAAAAAUCAGAAGUAUUUGAAAUCUUUAAGAGAUUUAAGGCACGUGUGGAGAAUGAAAGCAACCUUACAAUCAAGGCCAUGAGAACUGAUCGAGAUGGAAGCCUCUUGAGAUUGGAAAUACAAGAGGAGGAGUAUGAUUUCCUUCCAUAUUUUGAAGAAGACGAUGAAAAUGAGCUGACCAGGGAUGAAAUGGGUGAAGGUUUGCCCAUUCUAGUGCCACCUCAUUCAGCCGAUCGAUCAUCAUCUGAAAGUUCAUCUAGCAAUUCGAAGAAUGAAAUUGGCCCAAGAGGAACUCGAAGUCUACGGGAACUUGAUGAGGUCUAUGUGGAACAACCAUUGGGUUAUGAAGUCAAGGGUGAAGAAGAUAAAGUGCUUUGA